AACGUUACCGAAGGAUUAGUUUUCACUAUGAAAAUAAGCCAUGUUUAUAAUUGUGGCUGCUUCACUUAACUACUUUCUAUACAAAUAUAUUUCCACAUGCAUUAGUUUGAAACGUCCUAAUACUUCUGCAUCCCCAGUCCAAUAGGUGGCGCUAAAACUUCAUGAAACAACAUUGAUGAUUGGACUCGAUAUGAAAACCAGGAAGUAACUAUUGUGCUCCUCUGCUUUGAAAGAUGGAGAAAACUAUGAGCGAGACCCGUCAAAAAACAUUUACGUGCCAGUUGUGUGGUUUAAGCAGUCCCUUUACUUACGUCGGCCAGAAACCACCAAACACCAGAGCCAUUGUGUUGCUUGAGGAGUGUUUUGUGACUCAGGACCCCUUUAGUCCGGACAAGGAAAAGUUCCUUGUUUUAGGCUCUACCUGCAGCGUGUGCAGCAUGUGUGUCUGCGUUGGAUCGGACUGCAGCCUUUUCUACACCAAGAGGUUUUGCAUGCAGUGUGUGAGCAAGCACUUGGACCAGUUCCCCCGUCAAAUCCAGGCUGAGCUGGCCAAGAAGAAGCAGAGCUCCAAGGCUGCCGUCUCGUGACAUCUGACAAGAGGUCCAUAGUAUUCUCAUCAAUAGAAGAGAAAUGUUUGAUUGGUGAUAUAAAGCGUCCUAAAUGUGCCAAGGUGCUUUACCGGCACUCUUUUAUCCAAGUCCUACUGAACCAAACUCUAUAUGAAAAACUGGAACAUCCUAGAAAUGCCUUUUAUUUAAGUGCAAAAUGAACUCCACACAUCAGUAAAGUACUAGGUUAUGCUUAGUAAGGUUAGACUGUUGUAUUAGCUUUCAGGGUGUUAUUUGUUUUUGUUUCCAGAGAGUUUACUAGAAGCAAGCAACGGGUGUGACUAGUGUUGCUGGACCCUUGAUGGAUUGUGGUUACUGGCUACAGUGGUUUGCAGCAAUUAAAAAUGGCUCCCAAUUAAAAUUCUGAAGUCAUGUACUGUAUGUGCAUAGUUGCCCUGCAGUUGCUCUGAAUUUUAGGUUAAAAAAAACAAACUUAUCUUAUCACUUAUUUUUUUAAGAUUAUUUUUGGGGCAUUUUAGGCAUUUAUUUUGACAGGACAGCUGAAGACAUGAAAGAGAAGAGAGAGGGGAGAAUGACAUGCAGCAAAGGCCCGCAGGUCUGAGUCGAACCCGGGCCUGCUGCGUUGAGGAGUAAACCUCUAUAUAUGGGCGCCUGUUCUGCCAACUGAGCUAUACGGGCACCCCACUUAUUUCUAAUUCUUAAACCAUGAUGGUCAAUUUUUGCCCAUUGCUUGUUCAGCCCAAUUCAGCAACUAUUCUGGGCUUUUUACCAACUGUUUUAACAUUAUCAUUAUUAUUAUUAUUAUUAUUAUUAUUAUUAUUAUUAUUAUUAGUAUGUACGACUCAAAAGAAGAUGUGGAGGUAAUAGCGUUUCCCAAGACCAGUUGCUGGGCUGAUUAAAAACCAGAUUCAUUUCUCCACUGCUCUUGCAAUGUUAAGAAAUUAAUAAGUUACCUAUAAUGUAUUCUUGCACUUGAUAAAUGAUGCCUGUUGUACAGUGUUUUAAUGACACCCCCCCUUUUUUUUUUUUUUAUAAGAAAACAUGACUUUUCAGUAACAUAUGUUAAUGUUUACAUUUAUGACUAAUUAUCUCUAACUAUAGACACGUUAUUGUUGACAUGACCAUCACUGUUAGCCAGCUUAUCUCUGCGUCUAUGGUCAGAGGGGGCACUGUUGACUUCUGUGGAGUCACAAAGUUUUUCUGUUAUCUUAAACUAUUAAAAAAC